AUGUCGGCACAUACAGAUUUAAUGAGACAGGAAAAAGAAAAUAAAGAAAAGGAUGUAAAAAAAAUAAUUGAAGAUUUACGAUUUUUAGAAAAAGUUGAUGCAAUUUUAGAAAAUAGUAACAUGACAAUUGAUGAUAUUGAAGCAGAUGAAGAUGCAUAUAAUCCAGAUGAUGAUGCACCAAAAGAAGAAUUAAAAAAAAUAGAAAUGGAAAAGAAAAAAGCGGAAGAAGAAGAAAAACACUCUAAAAAAAAAAUCGAAGAAAAAAAAAAUAAAUCUUUAAGAUUAAUUGUUAGUGAGAAUCAUACAACUAGUCCAUCAUUUUUUGAAGAAUCAAUUAUUCAAGAAGAUUUUAUGUCAUUUAUUCAAAGUAAAGGAGAUAUUGUAAAUUUAAAAAAUUUAAAAUCUAUGAUAAUUGAAUUAAAUUCAGAUAUGACAGAUAAAGAAUUAGAAGAUUAUAUAACAUUAUUAAAAAAAAAAGGAGCACAUGUAGAAUCCGAUGAAUUAGUAGGAGCAGAUUCUAUAUAUGUAGACAUUAUAAAAGAGGCAGUAAAAAGAGGGGAUACAUCUAUCGAUUUUAAAAAGAUACACUCAAAUAUGUUAGAAGUAGAAAAUAAAACAUAUGAUAAAUUUGAAAAACCUAAAAAUUCAAAAAAAAAUUAUGUUUUUAAUGAUGAAUAUAGAAAUUUACAAUGGGGUUUAGAUUUAGCUCGUUUAGAUGAUGCCCAAGAGUUGAUAGAAAAUAAUGUAGUUGAAAGUGCAAAAGUAUGUGUAGUAGAUAGUGGUAUAGAUUAUACUCACCCAGAUAUAAAAGACAGUAUUUAUGUAAAUUUAAAAGAAUUAAAUGGAAAAAAUGGUGUUGAUGAUGAUAAUAAUGGAAUAGUUGAUGAUAUCUAUGGUGCUAAUUAUGUAAGUAACAAUGGAGAUCCAUGGGAUGAUCACAAUCAUGGAACUCAUGUUGCAGGUAUCAUUUCAGCUGUUGGAAAUAAUUCUAUUGGUGUGGUUGGAGUAAAUACAAAAUCGAAAUUAGUUAUUUGUAAAGCUUUAGAUGAUAAAAAAUUAGGUAGAUUAGGUAAUAUAUUUAAAUGUAUUGAUUAUUGUAUUAGUAAGAAUGUUAGUAUUAUUAAUGGAAGUUUUUCUUUUGAUGAAUAUAGUACUGUAUUUAGUUCAACAAUUGAGUAUUUAGGAAAAAUGGGAAUUUUAUUUGUUGUUUCUGCAAGUAAUUGUUUCCAUCCUUCAAAUUCUAUCCCAGAUAUAAAAAAAUGUGAUUUAUCUGUUAAUGCUAAAUAUCCAUCAGUACUUUCACCACAAUAUGACAAUCUUCUUGUUGUUGCAAACUUAAAAAAGAAAACAAAUGAUGAAUAUGCAGUUUCUAUCAACUCCUUUUAUAGUGAUAUUUACUGUCAAGUUUCAGCACCAGGUUCAAAUAUUUAUUCUACUGCUACCCGCCGUUCAUAUAUGGAAUUAAGUGGGACAUCUAUGGCUUCUCCUCAUGUUGCUGGAAUUGCUUCGAUCGUUUUAUCAAUCAAUCCUGAAUUGACAUAUAAACAAGUUAUAGACAUUUUAAAAAAUUCAGUUGUAAAAUUGGCAUCCCAUAAAAAUAAAGUUAAAUGGGGUGGAUAUAUAGACAUAGUAAAGGCAGUGGGAAAUGCUAUAUCCUCAAAGAAUUCAUACAUAAGAUCCCAAGGCAUUAGUAUAUGGAAGAAAUCGAAAAGAAAUUAA